ACACACUCUGUUUUAUACACUCUUUGAAGAAAAAGGGAAAAAAAGUUUCCGGUACUUUCCACACCGCUUUUAUUUUUGUAAUUAUCAUAAUUUUAAUUGUAUUUAUAAGAAACAAAAAAGUAAAAUGGCUAGCCAGUGGGGACAAAAAGCAGAUGAAUUGGAAAUUUCUAAUAAAAUAGCGGGUUUGGAUUUGGUAAAGAAAAAUGAGAACCAGAAAUCAGAAACAGACGAUGCCCCAGAUGCUGCCAAUCCUGCUGAAGCUUCGUUAUUGAUGAAAAUAAUAAGGCAAGGAUUGGUUGAAUCUAAGUUGGAUAUUGAAGUGCAAAGGAAAGACCCAAAUUCACCAUUAUAUUCAGUAAAAACUUUUGAAGCACUUCAUUUGAAACCAAAUUUACUAAAGGGAGUUUAUGCCAUGGGUUUCAAUGCCCCAUCCAAGAUUCAAGAAACAGCAUUGCCAACACUACUAGCUGAUCCUCCUCAAAACAUGAUUGCUCAAUCCCAAUCCGGAACUGGUAAAACUGCUGCAUUUGUACUUGCUAUGCUAAGCAGAGUAGAUCCUACAAAGAAUUAUCCACAAGUGCUCUGUCUUAGUCCAACAUAUGAACUAGCAAUACAAACUGGGGAAGUUGCUGCAAAGAUGGCAAAGUUUUGCCCCGAAAUUAAACUUAAAUAUGCUGUCCGAGGUGAAGAAGUACCUAAAGGAACUAAAAUCACUGAUCACAUAAUCAUCGGGACACCAGGUAAAAUGUUAGACUGGGGUGUUAAAUUUGGAAUGUUUGAUUUGAGCAAAAUUAAAGUUUUUGUAUUGGAUGAAGCAGAUGUAAUGAUUGAUCGUCAAGGUCAUCAAGAUCAGUGUAUAAAGAUACAUAAAUGUCUCCCUUCGACUUGUCAAAUGAUGUUCUUCUCUGCCACAUAUGACAGUGCAGUCAUGGUUUUUGCUGAAGUCAUUGUACCUAAUCCAAUUAUAAUAAGACUGUUAAGAGAAGAAGAAUCUUUAGAUAAUAUUAAGCAAUAUUAUGUGAAGUGUAAAAGUUCAGAUGACAAAUACAGAGCUAUUUGUAACAUUUAUGGAGUAAUUACUAUUGGCCAAGCUAUCAUUUUCUGUCAUACUAGAAAAACCGCAGGUUGGUUAUCAGAAAAAAUGUCUAGAGAUGGUCAUUCGGUAGCAGUGCUAUCAGGAGAGCUCACAGUUGAACAGAGAAUAGCUGUGCUGGAUCGUUUCAGAGCUGGUUUAGAGAAAGUUUUAAUCACAACUAAUGUCUUGUCCAGGGGUAUUGAUGUAGAACAAGUUACUCUAGUAGUGAACUUUGACAUGCCUAUGGAUUUAAACAAAAAAGCAGAUUGUGAAACAUAUUUACACAGAAUCGGAAGGACAGGUAGAUUUGGAAAAGCAGGAAUAGCAAUUAAUCUAAUUGAUUCAUCCCAGGCAAUGCAAAUUUGUUUAGACAUUGAAGCACACUUUGGUAAGAAGAUCCAUUUGUUAGACAUUGAGGAUGCAGAAGAAAUUGAGAAAAUUGGAGCAUAACUUAACUGUCUUGCAUUUUUACAUUAUGGUACACUGUUUGCUGCACAUGGAACUCAAUAGUGCUAUAAAAUCUAAAUAUUUCGACAAAAUGAAUGCACCUGAAAAUGAAAUCCCUAGAAAUGCUUGUUCUCCAUAUUUUAUAUAUAAAAUAAAAAAAAAACAUCA